AUGACGUACGUACACACGCACGCAAAACGAGCAACAAGGGCACAACGACGAGAUCCGGCGCCGUGCGAUCGCGAAACCGCAGACGUCGUUCCCGCCGCCCUCCCGCGGCGAAUGAACUCCGCGAGAAAGACGGCGACGUUCGCCACCGCGCCCCGUCCUCGUGGUUUUCGAAGCCUUCCGACUCCGGAGACCCCUGAGAUUAUCGUUGCCCUUUUCUCGCAUUCGUCCAGACCGGAUUCUGCCUUAGAGGCGUUCAGGCAUAAUCCGACGGAUGGUAGCUUGGCACCACCGGUCGUUCGACCGAGUGCUGAACCAAAUGUCCGAACCUGCGGUUCCUCUCGUACUGAGCAGGAUUACUGUCGCAACGACGAAAGCCAUCAGUAG